GCCCCUCACUUCACACCAAAAGACUCUCUCUCUCUCUCUCCACGAGAGAGAGAGAGGGAGAGGGAGAGAGAGAGAGAGAGGAAAGCUCCUUAAAUUUCCUCUGUGUGUGUGUGAGUUCCCUCAGAGCUCGCGGUAGCUAUCAAAAAGGACUACCUUCCUUGACAACCCACUCACGCAAAGAAGAUCAAGAAAGCUGGGCUGGUUUUGUUUCUUGGAUUGGAUUCUAUCCAAGCUGGAGGGUGUGGGCGAUCCGAGCUAGCGCGAGCGAUUUCUCGCAACGGCAAACGCAAUGGUGGCCCCGACGAUGAUCGAUUCAUUGGGAGAAAACAAGACCCGCGCUGGGAUGGUGGUGGAGCAGCGGAUCAUCCGUCUCGAGGACGUGGUAUCUCUGGACGAUCACUCCAAGCCCAGCAAAGUCGAGAGAGCCGGAGGCGGAGGAUCGGACAACACCACCACUGCCGCCACAAUCACCACCGGCAAAGAGGUGGACGAUAUGCUCACGCCCCAGCAGCGAUUGCAGCUGGACGAAUCGCGGUGGCGCCUCCACAGCGUGCUCUCGGCCGCGCAGCCCCACCAGUGCGCCAAUCUCUUGCUCCAGCGGAUCGAUGCGCCCGUCAGCGCUGUGUGGCCGAUGCUCCGCCGCUUCGACACGCCCCAGGCCUACAAGCGCUUCGUCAAGGCGUGCGUCAUCGCCAGCGGCGAUGGCAGCAGCGUGGGCAGCCUCCGCAACAUCACGCUCAUCUCGGGCCUCCCCGCUAGCUGCAGUACCGAGAGGCUGGAGAUCCUGGACGACGAGCACCACAUCGUCAGCUUCCGCGUCGUUGGUGGCGAGCACCGCCUUCGGAACUACGCCUCCGUCACAAGCUUGCACGAGUUUGAGGUGAGCGAUGGUGGUGGUGGAUCCAUUUCCAUGGCCAUCGCCACCGGUGGCGGCAGCGCAGGUUUGAGGUGUUCUUCCGGGGAUCACGGAAGAACAGCUCCGGCAACUUUGGCUCCCACCAGGAAGGUGGUGACGGUGGUGAUGGAAUCCUAUGUGGUGGAUGUUCCAGAGGGGAACACCAGGGAGGAUACUCGCGUUUUCACCGACACGGUGGUGCGGUGCAACUUGCAGUCGCUGGCCAAGAUCUGCCAGGCGAAUUUCAAGCUGGAGCAGCGCCGCUGCCAGCAGCAGCAGCAGCAGCAGCCGGAAAUGGCGUCCUGCAAGAAGGAUUCGGGGCAGGACAGUGGAUUGAUCUUGAUGAGAUGAUACAUAGACGCGCCCGCGAGGUUUAUACUUUUCUCUUUGGAUUUUUUUCCGCGAUCGCACAGCACAACCCGACCGAUCGCUCGUUCGUUCGUUUGUUGCAAAGGUUUGAUUCGCUUGGAUCGUUGGAAUGACCCAGUGUGAGAGGCUGGAAAAAUGUGAAAAAAUCUCUUUUUAUCAUUUUUUUAUUCCCUUGGUGUACAUAGAGGUCUUUUUGGGAGGAUAAGAUCGUCAAUCAAUCAAUACACAUUACAACACUCUCAAGCGAGAGAUGCGAUCAA